AUGUCGUCGCCAGCAACCGCAACAGAUCCUACAGCAGCCGCCGCCCAGGCAGCAGCAGCGGCGGCGGCAGAGGAGAAUUUUCACAGGUUCACCGUUGAGCUGUGGACUCUCUUCAGCAUCGGAGCCUUGACGACCAUCCUGCGUACAUAUGCGCGCAUCAAGGCGAUUGGUUUUGCGAAUCUACGAGCAGAUGAUUAUCUGGUCUGGGUUGGACUGAUGGGAUAUGCCAGUCAAUGCUCGCUGGGCUACAGCAUAGGGAACGUGGCCAAGGGUUUCGCCAACAAUGGAAUGACUCCGGAGCAGCGCGCCAACUUGGACCCGAACAGCCCAGAAUAUGGGUUUAGAGUAAUUGGCUCUCAGAUUCAGAUCGCCGGCUGGACCAUGUACUCGACCUUGAUCUGGAGUCUCAAGCUCUCGAUGCUGUUCUUCUACAUGCGCCUGGUGGAGGGUCUUGGACGCCGCUACCGAGUGCGAAUCUACGUCGGGUUUUUCCUCGUCAUUGCCACCUUUUUGAGUACCAUCCUCACCAUCUUUGUCGGAUGUCGACCUUUCAACAAGUACUGGCAGAUUUCACCCGACCCCGGCAACCAGUGCCAGCCAGCCGUCUCAGACCCCAUAGUAUGGUCUUCAUUCGCCGCCAACGUCGCAACGGAUCUGUACCUGAUCGCGAUUCCACUGCCUCUUCUCUGGGGCUCGACGCUCAGGCUCGGCAAGAAGAUUGCAUCGACCAUCGUUCUCGGCGCAGGCAUCUUUGUGCUCGUGUGCGCCAUCCUGAAGACCAUUUACGUUCUCGUUGACCCCCUCGACGGCGCGCAGCUCGCAGGCCAGUGGGGAACGCGCGAGGCCUUCACGGCCGUCAUGACGACCAACCUCCCGAUGAUCUUCCCGCUGAUACGACAGAUGCUGCGACCGUACCUGCCGACGGCGCUGCGCUCGACCAAGAAGGAGUACAAGACGCCGGAGGGCAGGGCGGGCGGCAACAACGGCGUGCGCACCAUCGGCGGCGGAGCGCGCGCCGGAGACCUGGAGACGGGCGCGAGCAGCACCGUCGGCGGCAGCGGCAGCAGCCGCACCAACGCCUACGCCAAGAGCCGGUCCGCGGCCAGGGACAGCGGCGCAAACUUUCACCACAUGGGAACCAGCACCCUCACCUUUAGCGAGAGCGAGGAGAGGAUCGUCGACGACCACGACGACCACGACGACGUCCGCGACAUCAAGCUGCGCAGCAUCAAGAGGAGUGGCGAGCGUGGCAGGGCCGAUCUGGUCCCGCCCGAGAGGGGCAUCGUGGUCUCCAACGAGGUCGAGAUCAGGUCCGAGCACCGCACCAGUCAGGAUAAGGACAUCCCCGGGGGCCAGAGGCUGCAUGAACAUUGGUAG